AUGGAAUCCAAAGGAGCAGCUAAGUGGAGCUCAAUUAUAGUGCCUUCUGUUCAAGAGAUGGUUAAGGAGAAGAUGAUCACGACCGUUCCUCCCAGAUAUGUUCGGUCUGAUCAAGACAAAACCGAAGUAACCGAUGGUUCUAGUCUCAUAACCGAGAUCCCAAUCAUCGACAUGAAGCUAUUAUGUUCUUCAACCGCCAUGGACUCCGAGGUUGAAAAACUUGACUUUGCUUGCAAAGAGUGGGGAUUUUUCCAGCUUGUAAACCAUGGAAUAGACCCAAGUUUCUUGGACAAAACAAAGUCGGAGAUUCAAGGUUUCUUCAACCUUCCCAUGGAAGAAAAGAAGAAGUUCUGGCAGCUACCAGAUGAGAUUGAAGGUUUUGGACAAGCUUUUGUGGUUUCAGAAGAUCAGAAACUCGAUUGGGCAGACAUGUACUUCCAUACAGUGCAACCUAUUGAAUUACGCAGGCCUCACUUGUUCCCCAAGCUACCUCUUUCCUUUAGAGAUACAAUGGAGAGGUAUUCUGCUGAAGUGCAUAACGUAGCUAAGAUCUUAAUAGCGAAAAUGGCAAGAGCCCUAGAGAUCAAACCAGAGGAAAUGUUAAAGUUGUUUGAUGAUGUUGAUUCAGUCCAAAGUAUGAGGAUGAAUUACUACCCGCCGUGUCCACAACCGGAUAAAGUUAUCGGUCUAACUCCGCAUUCCGAUGCGGUUGGACUCACCAUACUCUUGCAGGUGAAUGAAGUUGAAGGUCUCCAAAUCAAGAAAGAUGGGAAAUGGGUUCCUGUUUCGCCUCUCCCAAAUUCUUUCAUUGUCAAUAUUGGAGACAUCUUAGAGAUCAUAACGAAUGGGACGUACAGAAGCAUAGAGCACCGAGGAGUUGUGAAUUCAGAGAAAGAGAGGCUCUCUAUUGCAACGUUUCACUUCCCGGGAAUGUAUAAAGAAGUUGGUCCCGCGAAAAGCCUCGUUCAAAGACAAAAGGUUGCAAAAUUCAAAAGGCUGAUCAUGAAAGAGUACAUGGAUGGCUUUUACUCUCGUGAGCUUGACGGAAAAUCUUAUCUCGAUGCUUUGAGAAUCUAA